UAGUUUCCUCUCAGCACCGUUCAACAGCAGCCUUGGAGGAUUAGUUGUUGUUCUCUUUAAAGUAGGGAGUGUUUAUGUUCUGCUGUGUGGGAAAACAUUGUUUUUUUUUUAAACAGAAGGACACCAGGGAAAUGACAGGGGAUUUUCUGCAAAUGGAACUGAGAAGGACACUGGCGAAGAGCAUGUUGUGGAUUUUAUGUUGUUUGGCAUUAGGUGCUGAACCUGUUUAACAUGACUCACAGAUCGACAGCGUCAAAGACUAGAAGUGAUAACCAUUUGAGCAUAAAGGACUCGGAAUCCUUUGACACCUACAUACAGAACACGCUUUCAGCCCUUUACCCGCCAUUCGAAGUCACUGCAGCCACUGUCCUGUGGCAGCUGUUCCACGUGGUGGAGAAGUCGUACCAAGGGGAUGGACUCCGCUGCCUAAUCGACUUCCUGGUUCCCGCCAAGAGGAUCCUUCAGCGCAUUCAGCAGGACACAUGUGCCAGGUAUGCGGGCGUCAUCUUCCGUCAUGAAGGCUGGCCGUUGUGUGUCCAUGAAAAGGUGGUGGUGCAGUUAACAUCUCUCCAUAAGGUCCCUCUCAAGGCUGGAGACUUUUACAUUCAGGUUGCACCACAGGGGAACCAAUCCGCGAAACUGGUGCUGAAAUGCCUUUCCGCAAAUGGGCAGUCAGUGGAAGAGGUCCUUGUUCCCGAGGAUGUCUAUGCAAAGCUCUUCACCGCGGAGUUUCUGGAGAAUGUGAGCCGUGAGCGUGAGUUUUCCCUGCACAGCUGCCUUUUAACGAGCGGCACGCUUGUCCUCCGCGUGCGCUGGGAGAACGUCAUUAACCCUGUGUUUGUCAACAGGCCCAAAACCGAGCCGGCUAACUCACAUUCCGGCACAAACCGCCGCGACCAGAUCGCGGCCGCCACGGAGAAGAUGCCGCAAAUGACAAAAAGCAGCAACCUGCCGGAUCACUGCAGUCCCACUGAAGCAGUGGUUCCAAUGGAAAAAACAGCAAUUUCGGAGGGUAACAUGGAGUGUGGGAUCCAGCUGUCCGAGAACAUGCAACCUUUUGGAACUUGCAUCAAACAGGAAGCUGCCAAGGGGUUGAAGGAAGGAGACAACUCAUUGUUUUGCCCAAGUUUUGACAGCACUGACAUAAUCCCUUUACUGAGUUUAGCUCAACCCACUCCACUUCCUGAUGAGGCCCCGACAGUUAACAAUGAAGUGUUGGUGGUUCCCAGCCCUGAGGCCAGGGUUACUACGAAAGUUUUAACCUUUGCCACAGACUUGAGUAGCCCUUGUCAAAAGAGGAAGCAGCGGCGAGACUCAAUGUACCUCGAAACAAGACGCUUGUUUAGGAAGUCGUACAUGGAGGCUUUACAGAAUCCGAUGCCACUGGGCUUCAACUCCGAGGGGUCGAUAGCUGAGGAGGUGUUGGAGCAUAAAACUGAGGUGAUCACUAAUGGAAACUUAAGGAUAUUUACCAAGAGACACAGUGAAAAGAUGAACCAAAAGCAGGAUCCACAUGUCAGCGGCUCGGAAAGUAAAGUAGUGACCGAAGGGGAUAAAUGCACCCAGAUCUGCCAAGACCCAGUUGGGCCUGUCACAUUGCAAGAUCAAUCCUCCACUCGAAUAUGUCGCAGAAGAUCCAAGUCUUUGGACAUGGCAUAUAAGAGCUUUCAGGAUAAAGCUUUAAAGACGCGAUUCUCUUCCGGUGAUUCCUCAAGAAAAAAGGUAUCAAAUGGCCAUGCGGUAGAAAUGGAUAAGUUGUCUCCUGACUCGUAUCUUACCGAUGGUGGAAGCACCCCCAAGACUCCAGCAGGUUGCUCUCAGAGCGGUGUGGCUGGGACAGACAGGAGGGGCAGCUGCCACUCGGAUUUAACCCAGACGCUGGAGACCACAGAGACCACCCCCUCACCAGCGUGCCCUCAAACCACAGUGCAGUUCCAACGCAACGCCCAAGUCUGCAGCAGCCUCCCUGCCACGGCUGCAGAGGUGAACCUGGACCUGUUGCAUUCGGGGAUCGCUCAGUUACCAGGGAACAGAGACAAAGUUGGCCGAGCUGUGAUCCAGAUCUGGACACACAACAUAAUCUGGUUGAAUCAAAGUUACCCCAGCAUGGAACUGACCAAUCUACUGGGGUAUUACUUCACCAUUCCCAGGUAAGGAAACUGUGGGGGAU